GAUAUCACACUAUACGCCUUACGGAGGGAUCUCAAUCUCAUCCUCAUCUCUCUCUCUCUCUCUCUCUCUCUCUCUCUGAGUUUUAUGAGCUCAGUCUUUUCUUUUCAUAAUUUCUUCAUAUUUAUAUGGUUAUAGCUAGUAAGGUUUUAUUGAAAGGUGAAAUCAUGAAGCUUAAAAGUGGAUAGGGAAGUUCUCUAUAACCUCUACCCGCCUAGUUAUAUACCCCUCACACACACACACACACAUAUUUAUAUUUAUUGAGUGUUUGCCUAUAAAACAAAGAAAAUGGUUCCUUUGGGUUUAUGCCAAACAAAGAAAAACCAUCAAGGGUCUCUAUGAUUAGGAUUAUGGGAUUCAUUCACAUAUAUGUUAAGGGUAGCUACUUGAGUCCAUAACUAGUAUCUAUAUUUUCUUUUUCUCUUUUAUCACUUAAGGUUUUUGUUUUUUAUCUAUGGAUUUUCUGUAACCAAGAUCCAUGGUUAUUUAAGAGAAGAUGAUGAAAGGUUAUAUAGUCCAACAACAACAACAACAAGUUUUGGAAGAGAAUAUGUCUAAUUUGACUUGUGCAUCUGGUGAAGCCAGUGUUUCUUCAGCUGCUGGUGGAACCAACUAUUCUCAACAAUACUUUAGUAACCCACCAGCUCAAGCUCAGCCAGUUAAGAGAAAGAGGAACCAACCAGGCAAUCCAGACCCAGAUGCAGAAGUGAUAGCUUUGUCACCUAAAACACUAAUGGCUACAAAUAGAUUUGUGUGUGAGAUCUGCAACAAGGGGUUUCAAAGAGACCAGAACCUUCAGCUUCAUAGGAGAGGUCACAAUUUGCCUUGGAAGUUAAAGCAAAGAACAAGUAAAGAGGUGAGGAAGAAGGUAUAUGUAUGUCCAGAAGUCAGCUGUGUUCAUCAUGAUCCAUCCAGGGCACUUGGGGACUUGACUGGUAUCAAGAAGCAUUUUUACAGGAAACAUGGUGAGAAGAAAUGGAAAUGUGACAAGUGCUCCAAGAGGUAUGCAGUUCAAUCCGACUGGAAAGCUCACUCCAAGACUUGUGGCACUAAAGAAUAUAGAUGUGACUGUGGAACCCUCUUCUCAAGGAGGGAUAGUUUCAUUACUCACAGAGCCUUCUGUGAUGCAUUAGCAGAGGAGAGUUCAAGAGCGGCAAUCAUGGGAGCCAACACUUUUCAACCAGGCUCAUCUCAUACAAAUUUACAAGUACCCCAAUUCAAUCCCCAUGACAUCCAAGCAUUUUCACUUAAGCAAGAGCAGCACCAAAGGUUCACUCCUCUCAAGCCUGAUAUUCCUCCAUGGCUCGCUACCCAACCAAUGCUAGGGGCUGGGGCUGGUCUUUCCUCAUCAUCAUCUUCCAUUUUCUCCCCUAGUUUAACACUUCAUGAGAAUCCCACCCCUAUCCCUACUCUUGAUCCGACUCUUCCUCCCUACCAUCCAACAACAGUACUUUCCCCACACAUGUCAGCUACUGCGUUGCUUCAGAAAGCUGCUCAGAUGGGUGCAACCCUGAGUAACAAACCUGGCUCAUCAUCCGCGCCAGCUACUAGUACUGCUAUGAGACCCCACCAACAAACUCACGUGUCUGCUGAUUUUGUUGGCAGCACCAACAACAACAGCACAACAGCUGGCUUUGGUCUCAACUUGUCUUCACGUGAAGAAGUCUCUAUGGGGAGUGGAUUUAUCCAUGGUUCGACUCAUCAUGCAUCUGAAAGCUCAGGUGCUCCUCCACCUCCUUCCCUUUUUCUUCAAGGCAUGAUGAAUUCUUUGUCUUCUCCCAUUGGAUUUGACUCCACUUCCUUUGAUGAUAUUGCAUUUAGUGGGAUUUUGAACGCAAAGAAGAAGAGCGGGACUCUCAUCAAUGAAUCAUUCUCGAAAACAACAGCAGAACCCGAAAAUGGCACUGGAAAUAAUAAUGACCAUGAAAGUAGAGCGGGUGGUAGUACUCAAGGUGAAGCCUUGAGAAGAGAUUUCCUGGCUCUUUGACCUGUCUCCCAUGUCUAGUUUCUCAACAUUGCUGAUGUUAGUAACUGCAUGAACAGUUGGAUUCCAUGAUCAACAAGGCAGCCAGUCUCAAAAACCAUGGCAAGUUUUAGGUAAUAUAGAAAACCAUUUCAAAUACUAUAUCAUAAAUUUUAUACUCUCUUUUGAUUUA